GUGGCCUGUCUCUCUCUCUCUCUCUCUCUCUCUCUCUCUGACUCUCUUCUCCGACGACGAGGACAACAGCGAAAAGCGAUCUCUCUCUCUCUCUCUCUACAUUGUUAUCUUGUUUGGAUCCGAUGAGAUGGGAAGGGCAACAACAGUCGGAAAACACAAAUCGACCAAGUUUGUGUUGAUUUGCGUGGCUCUUCUCGGAGCUGCCCUCUUCGCAGAUCUCUUUUGGGCUUCCUCUUCUUCUUCUUCCUCCUCUUCUCCCUACCUUUCCAUUUCAUCCGAUUGGCCUAUCCAAAAUUCCGACAAAUUCAUCGUUCCCCCUCUCCAUAACACCACAAAAUCAAAGGAUAACAAGGAUACUGUGCCUGGGAGAUUCUUGUCAGCAACUUUUGCUGAUUUACCCGGUCCGGAAUUAGAAUGGGAGAAGAUGGCAACUGCACCGGUGCCGCGUCUUGAUGGGGCUGCCAUUCAGAUCAAGAAUCUCCUCUAUGUGUUUGCUGGAUAUGGAACCAUUGACACUGUACAUUCUCAUGUCGAUAUAUACAAUUUCACAGACAAUACAUGGGGAGGGCGGUUUGACAUGCCAAGAGAAAUGGCUCAUUCGCAUUUGGGUAUGGUAACAGAUGGGAGAUACAUUUAUGUGGUCACUGGACAAUAUGGUCCACAAUGUAGAGGACCUACAGCGCGCACUUUUGUUCUGGAUACUGAAACAAAGCAAUGGCAAGAUAUGCCCUCCUUACCCGUGCCUAGGUAUGCACCGGCAACCCAACUUUGGAAAGGUAGACUACAUGUGAUGGGUGGCAGCAAAGAGAAUCGACACACACCAGCAUUAGAGCAUUGGAGUCUUGCAGUGAAGGAUGGAAAAGCUGUAGAAAAGGAGUGGCGUAAUGAAAUACCCAUACCCCAUGGUGGACCUCAUAGGGCUUGUAUUGUUGUGGAUGAUCGAUUAUACAUUAUUGGUGGACAAGAGGGUGAUUUUAUGGCCAAACCUGGCUCACCUAUUUUCAAGUGCUCUCGCAGGAAUGAGGUUGUAUAUGCCGAUGUUUAUAUGCUAGAUAAUGAGAUGAAGUGGAAAGCAUUACCUCCCUUGCCAAAGCCUGAUUCCCAUAUAGAGUUUGCUUGGGCAAUUGUCAAUAAUUCUAUCGUCAUUGUUGGAGGUACGACAGACAAGCAUCCAGAAACCAAAAGGAUGACGCUGGUUGGAGAAGUGUUCCAAUUUAAUUUAGAUACACUGAAAUGGUCGGUGGUUGGAAAACUUCCUUAUCGUGUGAAAACCACUCUAGUCGGGUUUUGGAAUGGAUGGUUGUAUUUCACAUCAGGCCAGCGAGACAGGGGACCAGAUGAUCCAGCACCAAAGAAAGUCAUUGGAGAGUUGUGGAGAACUAAAUUGCACUUGUUGUGACCAACUGAUUGCCAGGAUAAUCGAUUAUUAGCACAUAACCGAAUCAAAAUGUAUGUUUGUUGCUUGCUUGUCUAAUUUUUCUUUUUUGACUCCAAUCAAUUGUUUAUUUCUCCUCUCUCUCUUUUUUUUUUUUUUUUUGAUUU